UCCCCCCCCCCCUUUCCUCCGUCAUCUGCGCGCCGCCAGAGAUCCGCGGAUUCAGUACGCUCGCGACGCUGGUCUGGGGUAGCAGCAAGACUUUGCCUAGCAGCUCACCUCAUAUCCAGCUCACCCAUUUGAUAUCCUUGGGGUUUUUUCAUUUUCAUCAUCGAGUGGUCAUCUCUUCCCGUGCGUUCGUGACCAGUGACUCCGAAUUGCGUUUAACUUUAAGAGUGACCGCGAAUUUUUCGAUUCCGGAUAAUUUACUCCAUUCAAGUUCAACACAUCCCCUACCAGUGGUUUGAUCCGGAUAGGAUUGAUUUGAUCGAACUGAAUUAUGUUUUAAAGUGGUGGCCGUCAUUUUUGAUUCAGUGUUCCGCAAGCGGAGUGGCUGGAAUAGAAAAGGAAAACGCUGUAGAAUAGAGACGAUGGAACUGUGUUGCUGCGAGGCUCUCCAUCGGUCGUCGGUUGCGUGACUUUCGUGAGUGUUUCAGGUGUUUAUUGGUCAACUUUGCAGCUCGCACUCGUUACGCCAUGUUGUGUCCCGGAGCCAGGCGAUGAGAAAUGCACGUCUCGCCCAACUUGCACCUCUUUGUGUGACGCCACUCUAGCCGCUACUGAUAUGGCUCCUCUGCUGGCUCGUUGUACUCUGAAUCAGCACUCGUUAGUCUCGAUUGGCUCCGUGAUUUCGGGGGGUCCGUGUCGGCCGCUGUGCUGGUGAGUGUCGCUGUGACAUCGUCGACGUGGAAAUCGAAGAAAAGGCCAGACGAGAGAAAAGAGGAGAGAUGAGUUUGUCGGCACUCAAUCAAACGGCUCCUGUGUGGGCCUCGUCGGGCGCAAGCAGCAGCCGGGCCGGCUCGUCGAUGAUGCGAGCGGCCGCCACGGCAGCUGCUGCCGGCCUACAAUACGUGACGGCCAAUAUAAGCGACUCGCUGCCGCUGAGCUCCCAGAGGAUGACGGCCGGCAGCACCGGGCUGGGCUUCGAUGAUUUCACGGACGAAGGCUCUUCAUCCGUUUUGUUCAGCCAACAGCAGUGGACGUCUGGGAACAACACGACGGGCACAAUGGCGGAGGACGACUUCGUUCUCCCUUACUCCUACCCGGAGAUGGUCCUGAUCGCCAUCGUGGCCGGCUUCCUCAGCUUCCUCACCGUGGCCGGCAACUGCAUGGUCAUGAUCUCGUUCAAGAUCGACAAACAGCUGCAGACCAUCUCCAAUUACUUUCUGUUCAGUCUGGCAGUCGCCGACUUUGCCAUCGGACUCAUCUCUAUGCCUUUGUUCACCGUCUACAUACUGGCCGGGCGGUGGCAGCUGGGACCUUACGUUUGCGACACUUGGCUCUCGUUGGAUUACCUCGCUUCCAACGCCUCGGUCCUCAAUCUACUCAUCAUCAGCUUCGACAGAUAUUUCUCGGUGACGCGGCCGCUCACAUACCGAGCUCGACGGACACCUCGUCGGGCCGGCGUCAUGAUUGCCGCUGCCUGGGUCAUCUCGCUCGUCCUCUGGCCUCCUUGGAUUUACGCCUGGCCCUACAUCGAAGGCGACCGCAAAGUUCCAGAAGAUAAAUGCUUCAUCCAGUUCAUCGAGACAAACAAUUACAUCACUUUUGGCACGGCCAUCGCCGCCUUUUAUGCUCCGGUGACGGUCAUGUGCGUCCUGUACUGGCGCGUCUGGCGGGAGACGGAGAAACGUCAAAAGGACCUGUCCAACCUGCAGGCCGGCAAGAAGAACGACAGUCACCGAUCGAAUUCCAGAAGUGGCGAGGAGCAGGCUGUCCUGAUGAAGGCCAACGACGAAGUCGACCACCACCUGAGGCCGGUCGGUGCGGCCACCGAUUGGCGCCGUUCACGCUCCGAAUCCAGCGGCGCCGUCGACGACUUGGAGACCUCGUACGUGCCAGCUGCCGCUUGUUUGCCCGGACCACAUCGCAGACACUAUGCUGGAUCGUGGACCAGCUGGGCUUACUGGCGUCGCUGGAUGCGCUGGUCGACGUGGCAACACUGGAUGAGGAACCUGACCCGUCGCCAACCGCAGCGGCCGCGGAGGCGAGGCGACCGGACGGGCGGCGGCGGUGGGGACACGGAAUCCUACAGCGACGGCUCAAAUGUGGCGACGACGCCGGCCUCUAUCGAGACGCCCUUAGCUUCUUCCAUGUCGCGCGGCCCGUCCAUGAACAUCCGCGAUCCUUAUUCGUCGACGCCCACCCGAUACAAAGCGGCGGCGGCCGCCGCCGCCGCCAACGACCCCCGACUAAUCGGCGUCGACAGGCGACGAACUCUGGUGGCCUCCAAGAGUCUGACGCAGGACCACCACAACAAGCAGCUGGCCGACGGGCAAAUGUGCCCGUCGCCGUCGAUGGAUAACGACGACGGAGACACGGACGGCGGCAAGCGCUCGCAUUCAGCCGAUUCCGUCUUCACGAUUUUGAUCCGCUUGCCGGCCGACAGCUCGGCCGACAAGGCCGAACACAAAGUCUCGAUCCGGAUGAUUCCGGCCAACAUUCCCCCUGCCGCUUCCCACCGCUCGCGGGCCAGCGGGUCGUCAACGGGCAGCGCCAAUCAGCCGGCCGUACGCUCCAGAUCAGUUCCUGUCGGCAACGAACAGCACGACGGCUACAACAACCGUAGCCGGCCGCCCGGAAGCGGUGGCAGCUCUGCCAGUCAGUACACCAGCAACCGGAGCCUGGCGGCCCGUCCGUCGGGCUCUCGCUCGGCCCAGUACAACGACUCGACCAGCAGUCUGCUGUGCGGGACCAAUCUCCACCUGCCCAACGCCCUGUCGCUGAGCAAGUUGACGGCCCUGGCCAAGCCCAACCACUUGCCGCUGCACAAGGGCAAACUCAAGAACCACCACGCCAGUCCGUGGGUGCCUCGCAGCUGCAUGCCCGUCGCCCAGUCACCGCUCAUCGUCCGCUGCACGCGCUUCAACGGCGGCUCGUCCGGCACACCCGAUUCCGGCGACCGGACCCCGUCCGGCGCUCUGCCGAUGGACGCCAAGAUCGUGCCGAAACACCGGGCCGGCGGCGUCGGUCCUGCGGGUGGAAUCGCUGGCAGUCCGGCGGGGAGUCCAGCCGGCGCCCUGCAGACCGUCUCCGGCUCGGUGGCCAACAAUUCCGGGGCGGUGGGCAGCAGCGGGUUGCACCCGCCGAUCCGGCGUCCCAACCACAACGCCUACAGUCCGUCGGCGGCUGCGGCGGCUGCGGCGGCCAACAAGAAGGCCAACAAGAAGCCGAAGAAGAAGAACCAGGAGAAGCGGCAGGAGCGGAAGGCGGCCAAAACGCUGUCGGCCAUCUUGCUGGCCUUCAUCCUGACGUGGACGCCGUACAACGUCCUGACGCUGCUCAAGGCGCUGGCGCCGUGCGACAAGGACGACUGCUUCUCGUCCGAGCUGUGGAAUUUCUCCUACUACCUCUGCUACAUCAACAGCACCAUCAACCCCGUCUGCUACGCCCUGUGCAACGCCUCCUUCCGGCGCACCUACGUCCGAAUCCUCACCUGCAAAUGGCACUCGCGCACCAAAACGGCCGUCCAGCGCGGCGUCUACAAUUGAAAAUGAAAAUAGGCGAAAAGAAAAACAAACAAAACAAAACAAAAUAACAAACCCGGUUCACAUCAUCAUCAUCAUCAUCACCGAUGGCGAGAGAAAAUGAUGGAGACGGGCUCCUGCUGGUGAUGUGGCGUGUCAUACAGUUUUGUCAGCAGGCAAAUGUUAUAUCACGACCCGUGUUGGUUCCGCUUCUCCUAUUAUUCGCUCCGCUCCAUCUCUUGUCGCCUUGGUGCUUCUCCUUUUUCUCCUAUCAGGGAUGUACACACAAAAUUAGAAACAAAAAAGACAAAACUAUACAACUCCCACCAUCAAAUACAAAAAAACAAUUUCGAUGUGCAUGUGCAAAAAAAGAGAAAAAAAGAAGAAGCGGAGACUCUCCCCGGAGCACGUUCUCGAGUGGAUCUUCUCUGUGAUCAUUCGCUUGGAGACACAUUGAUAGUCCAGCAUCAGCACCAUCAUUGUCUCUCUGUCUAUAUUUAUAUGUAUCAUUCCUUAUGUAUACAUCUACUCUCCUUCCGGUUUUUCCUUUUUUUUCUUUGGGUCCCUUUUUCCUGUUUUCUCAUUGGUCGGUGUAGUGAUCGUCAUAAUAUUUCAUUCGCUGGAGCUCAAAAACGCAACGGAGCACAAAAGGUUCCAAGUGUCGUCAAAAUAAAAGGAAAAAAAGAAAAAAAGAAACAAAAAAAGGACCGAUGAUGAGAGUUGUAAUAAUAUAGAAUUAAUGAUAAUCAACUCCCCUCCCUGCCUCUCACCCCGCAGAAGAAGAAGAAGAAGACAAAUAUUACAUUGAUUACAAUCAGUACGUGAUCAGUGCGCUGAUAACGCACUUUCUCCUCCUGUAUGUUGUGUGUAUAUAGGAGGGGCUUGUUACCUAUUCCGCUUGUUUUCUACGUCAUUUGGCGUCUGCCGCUUUUGAAAAUGUCAAUCGAAAUUCUCCCCACCACUUGGUCCGAAUGCGAAAUGGGUGCGGAUUGGAGACGGACGUCAUCAGACGGACACGACAACCCCUUCCUCUCUCUCCUUUUCUUUUUUGGCCAAACAUCAGACAUUGCCCCGAUGUAAUCAUCUCGUCCUUAUUAGCUGUACAGCGAACCGGCGGCCACACAUUCCUCUCCUCUCGAAUGGCACCGACGACCAGCAACGGCGGUAGCAGCGCGCGCAGUCGACACAACAACCCAAAAAAGCCCAGGUCCCGCGACUGGCAGAUUGUUUUUUUUUUCCCGUUGGUGUUUGCGUCGGAGUGAAGGGAGGAGCUCUACACAAUAAAUGCGUCAACAAAAGAAAUCGAAUCGGCGGAGAAGAAGAAGAGGAAGAAGAAGAAGAAGAGUAAUGGGUAAUCAAAACAAAUCUUUGCUCCCGCUCUUUUCGGUUCCUCGCGGCUGGCAGCGCAGGAGCUGCUCCUUCUCCGCUUCUAUAUCUAUCUAUACAAGUUCGGGGAAGAGAGACGAGAGACUCUAGCGAGAGCCCAAGCCGAGCCAUCGGCAACCGUUUUCAUUUAUCACAGACAAACAAUCAAGUCGAUAACCUCCUCUCUCUCUCUCUCCCCGGUUGUAACACAACAUUGGCUAUUCGGCUCGCGUUUGCUCUUGCUCGUCCCUCGUCAACAGCCGCGGGAGAGACAAGAGCCAACAAAGAGCAAAGAAAAAGAAAAA